CGAAAGUUUGGGGUACAGACGAUCUCUUGUGGGUUUUUUUUUAGCAACUUGUUAAAAGUUUUUGCUGUUGCGGAUCUCGAUUGAUCUGACACCGAGUUCAGUGGGUGAUAAACUGUGCCAAAGUCAUGUCGGAGUUCUGUUUGACCACCUUGAUGGGACGGCGAGAGAGAAUCCACACCUUGUCUUGAUAUCGUUUACCCGGUUGGAAUUUGACUGUCACAGCCCUUCUGGAAAAUUCAUAACUGUGGGUAAACAUAACCCCGAGACGCCGAACUUUAAGCAAGGGUUAGGUGUUCGCGUAUUAGCAUAUGUAAAAAAAAAUUCUUCAGAUGUGUUAUUUGAACCCUUAAAGACUAGUUUAAACUACCUGAGAAUAGAGGAUAGUCGAAGUCGUAUACAUUUGCGUUAUGUCGGUGGGUGGUAGGAGACCAAUGUCAAUUGUAUUAACGUUAAUCGCAAGUGUAAUUCUCGGAAUUUACGGGAUGAAUUUACCAAAAAAUACAGACGCCCAGAAACAACAAGAUCUUUGGCUAAUCAACAAGAUUGACUAUGACUACAUGGGGGACGCCCCUUCCGGUCCAGGCAGCGUGACUGAUAUGUGUCCACCUGUACCUGAAGUGCUGCCACCUGGUAGCUGCCACGUGAAGGUGUGUAACUCUGACAGGGAGUGUGAGCGCCAGUCAAGGAAGUGCUGUUACAAUGGCUGUACCUAUACCUGUCUACCCGAAGUUGGCACCCCAGCAUAUUUUGAUUGGUUGAAACAGCCAACAAGUCGACUAAGUUCAGGAAGAUCAUGGCUCCUGAACGGACCAGAGUUCGUGAAUGAACUGGAAUCGUGCAGCACGUCCCCCGUGGAAGAGGACGAGGAUCCCCUCCUGUGUCCCCAUGGUUACGUCUGUAACAUCGAGGACCCUGGCAGUCCAGACAAAGGGAUACCAAACAGCGGUCAUUGCGUCAAAGAGGCAGACGAUUCCCAACCGGAAGAAGAGUUACAGAAGGACAACACCCCAUCUGAAGAAAUGGAUCCGCCGGAACCUUCCCUCCACUGCACACUGGAUGAGAUGGGGGUGCUUGUCAUGGAGGGAGCAGACAUCAAGAUGGAAGGGAAGACAUGCCGAUGUAUAGAAGGAUCUCUUUGGUGUGAUACGUCGUAAGAAGAGAGACUUAUUCAGAACAUAUAUGGUGAUAAUUUACAUUCCUUUGUAAUGAAAUCGACGACGAUGACGAUACUGAUGACGUAGCAGAUGUAACUUCCAGUUCACGACAGCAUCACUGUCUUUGUUAUAUCAGUAUAUGUAAUUACAAUUAUUAUUAUCCCAGAAGUCAUUAUCCAGAAAGUACUGUGACGGUGAUCUGGGUGUAAAUAAAGAUACUUCACAUCACUUCAUCUCACAGACUUCAUUUCCACUUCACUUCACUUCACUUGACUACUUCACUUUAACUUCAUCUUCACUAAAUGAUGUCAUGUUCUAUCCUUGACGAAUCUUUGUGAUGAGAAAGAUAAGGAGAGUUAAGGAAACACCUCAGCGCAUUUUACACUAUGUUACUAUUGCUACUUAGAAUCCAAUAUCUGGUUAUUUUGACACUGUCGAGAGAAAGAGAGAGAGAAAAUAGGUGGAAGAAACUCGCUGUCGCCACAAAGGUCACUCCUAUCGAUAAAACAGCAAGUGAUAGACAGGAUAGUAUAUACCACAGGUUUUCGUGUAGCAGUCGUGAGACACGAGCCUGGUGCUUAUAAUAGACUCUAAUAGAGUCUGAGACUAUAACGUCAUGGCAACGCCAUACAGAUUGUAUACGUGUGACGUCAUUACAGAUUGAGUCUGGACUCUAAACGUUUUACAAGCACGGGCCCUGGUUCUGUCUGAUAGGAAACGUUUUACAAGCACGGGACCUGGUUCUGUCUGAUAGGAAACGUUUUACAAGCACGGGCCCUGGUUCUGUCUGAUAGGAAACGUUUUACAAGCACGGGCCCUGGUUCUGUCUGAUAGGAAACGUUUUACAAGCACGGGCCCUGGUUCUGUCUGAUAGGAAACGUUU